CGGUCCAAAAGAAUCACAAAAUUGUGAUCACAAGUACCUGAGACUUCUGCAAAGUCCCUGCCUUAAUGAGGAUGAUAAUUAAGGGAUCAGAAGAGGAAAGUCCAGGAGGAGGUGAGACCAGACAGUCCCAGGUUUCCUUACCUCGGAGCUGUACCCCAAGGAAGAGCAGAGCAGGCAGCCAGCUGGGGCCAUCCAUCGGGAAGACAAAUCCCUGCUCCACGGCUCAGCAGUGCCAGAAAGAGAAAUCCCUUUCAGGUUCUCGAUGACUGGAUGAAAGAUGAGUUUCUCAAAGCCUUCCUGGCACAGUACAGCAAAUUUCUCUCAGCUUGAUUUGCAAGGCGAUGGGAACAUCCCCUGCCCUUGCACUGAAAGGCAAAGUGCAGCCAGCACAACUCACUUCUGUGUGUAAAACAGGGAGAUUUUCAAGCAGAUCCCCAGGAGCCUUGAGCAGUUGCAGAGCAGACACCCCAACACCCCUUGCUGCCUGUGACGUUCCGAGAGGACGUUUUGAGCCUCCGCACUUCCUGAGAUGGGCUGGUUCUGCCACCCGUGUCCCAUCUCUGCCUGGGCUGCUUGCAGGGUUCAGUGGAAAGGCUGAGUCUCCCCAGCACAGCUCAGUUCAUCACCACACAUCACAAUUCUGGGAAAAAAUUCUCGGGCCUCUUUCUUGUAAGCAAGAACUUGAGAAACCAACACGUGUUCUUUCCUCCUUUGGAGCCGCCAAGCUGAUGUGGUAGAGAAGAGGAGCUCAAGGAUGAGCCUGGAGCUGUCCUUGCCUCUCCUGGGACUGCUGCUGGGUGUGGUUGGCAGCACAGCUCAGCAGGAGUUCCUGGUGGAGAUUUCUGGAACCACGGUGACAAUCACAUGUCCCCUGACUGAAGGCAGCAUAGCCUGGGAGAUAACUGGGAUACAACCAGAGAGUAAGGAGAGGAAGUAUGUUAUUGAGAACCAUGACAGCUCCCCAACCAACGUGAGCUGCUCGACAGAUGAUAAGAAGCAUGAAAUGUACCUGAAUGCCAGAGUGUGCACAAACUGUGAGGAGCUGGAUGCCUUGGCAGUGACAGGGAUCAUCGUUGCAGACCUUCUCAUCACCUUUGGGGUGCUGAUUCUGGUCUAUUACUGCGGCAAAAACAGGAAGGGGAAAGGGAGCACUGGCAGCCGGCUGCAAGGUCAGAAGAUGCAGCGUCCUCCCCCUGUUCCAAACCCUGACUAUGAGGUAUGGAGAUUCUGCAUUUUUUCCACCUCUCUUUGCUGGCUGGGGAGGGAUAGCCAGAGCUGAGAAUCUGUGGGCUUUAUGCUUCUUGCUCCUUUGAAGGAGCAUCCAGUCAACCUCCAAAGUUUCCUGGGAAUGAAGGAAAAAGGUGGUGGGGGUGGAGCCCUUUCUCCUGCCACAGAGACUCAGGAGCAGACCUGCAGCUACCAGAGCAGCACUGCACCUCCUCUCUGUGCUGCUUUUCUCCUUGUGUCAUGUGGACCAAGGCAUUGUUUGAGGGUGUAUUCAUAAGGAUUCCUGAAAUAACAUC